AUGUUAGCUGUUGUGAUCUUUGUCCUGGUGCUCUUCACUCCCCUGCAGUUGGAGGCCAAGUUCAAGAGUCUCCACUGUACGAACUACGAUAGAUCCUAUGGCGAAAUACUGCUGUGCAAAAUCAAGGCCAUCAAUCGGUACAGGAACUCGAUAAGUAUCCAAUUCAGGCAGUUGAGAACCGUCAAUAAUGUCCAUAUGCGUUUGGAGUUUUUUAAACGAGCGAACGGCUGGCGUCCUUUUCUGUACAAUAUAUCGUUUAAUCUGUGCGAUUUUCUAUCUAAAAGAAACAAUGUGAUUGUGAGCCUCGGAUACGAGUAUCUCAAACCGUACAUCCCAAUCACGAACUACACUUGCCCGUUUAAGAAAAAUCAUUUAAUUAAGUGCACCGACCUCGAGUUUGAUAUCGAAAAGUUCCGUGUGCGAUUUCCUAUAGAAACCGGGGAGUACGCGCUCCAGUUGAGCUUCAUUGUCCAGAGGAAAGUCACGUUGACACUAAAUGGAUCUGCUGAAUACUACAACUAUCGAGAGCACUGAUAUAUAUAGGUGCCUAAAUCCAAAUAAUGUUUCCAAAGAGGCAGCACCAGCACAUAUAUGUAAUUUUCCGAGCAAGAAGAACGAGUGUAAAUGAAUAUUAAUUAAAUGUUUUUUAAUUAUUUACGACGAUAUCUGUUUUUCAACGACAAUAAAAGUUUGAGUAUUUAAAAAUCCA